AUGACUGCAACUUCUCUCAUCACUAUUACUCCCGACGAGCUCAGGUUUCAAUUUGAGCUGGAAAAGCAAACAUUUUGCGAUCUUAAAGUAUUGAAUAACACACAGGAGUAUGUUGCUUUCAAGGUCAAAACCACUUCCCCUAAGAAGUAUUUUGUACGGCCAAAUACAGGAGUUAUACAUCCCUGGGAUUCAUGUAUCAUCAGAGUCACUCUCCAAGCUCAACAUGAAUACCCUCCAGACAUGCAAUGUAAAGACAAGUUCCUCUUACAGAGUACAAUAGUGAGUCCAAAUUCUGAUGUUGAUGAUCUUCCUCAAGAUACGUUUACUAAGGAUAGUGGUAAUUCAAUAGAGGAUUUGAAACUAAGAGUCUCGUAUAUUUCCCCCGCCCCAACCGAAGGAGGCUCUGAAGAUGAUGCGAAGAAUUCCACACAAAAACUUGAUUCAUCUUCUAGUCAGGCUGUACAGGCCCUGAAGGAAGAAAGAGAGACCGUUCUCAGACAAACGCGGCAGCUUCAACAGGAACUGGACAUGCUGAAAAGGCGAAGACACCAAAGUGGCGAUCCUGGCUUUUCCUUCACCUUCGCCGUUUUUGUUGGUCUCCUUGGAUUUUUGCUUGGCUUUCUUUUGAAAAUUUUAUUCUCUUCACCAUCUACAGAAUAA